AUGACUCAAGCAACUCGCGGCUCACGCGAUUAUCCCCUCUCGCUCCUUCGUCAGUGGAACAAAUUCCACAAACUGCCUGAUCCAACGUCAUCCAGAAGCGGCACACUGGUACACAACCUGUCGUCAAAGGAACUGACGAAGGAGCAAGCACAGGUUUUACGGCACGAAGCCUCAUUCAACACAGCUGACGCCAAACCUGUCAACAUGAUUGCAGCAGUGGAAUCGGUCAUUUAUCGGACGGAAGCGGCAGAGGAGACGAAGAACCUUAUCCGACACCAAGUUACGUCCCUCCUUAUGACUUACAAGCCGCGCGAAACACUCACAAAGGUCGAACGUGAUGCACUAAGAGAACUCAAGGCCGACAAGGACAUCGUCAUUGUGCCCGCGGACAAGGGGCGUUCCACCGUCCUACUGGACGGAACAGACUACCUUCAGAAGGCCAAAAACCUACUGGAGGAUCGCCAGUUCUAUGUCCCAUGUGAAACCAACCCCAUAAAAACGCUGACACGCGAAAUUAAUGUAACACUGUUGGCACUGGAGAACUCGGGUGCAAUAACAGCGACCGACCGACGCAAGGCGAGAGCCCAAGAAACGGCUUUGGCCCGAUUCUAUGGUCUCCAAAAGGUGCACAAGGAGGGCGCUCCUCCCCGGCCCAUUGUAUCGCUCAAAGGCACUCCAACGUACGGACUGGCAAGAUGGCUGUUUCGGCGCCACAAAUUUCUGAUCGCUGAUUCGGACACCACGGUCUGUUCGUCAACGCAAUUCCUGGAGAAGCUUAAAGGAGUAAGUCUCUUGCCCAAUUAGGUCAUGGUAUCAUUUGAUGUCACGUCCCUCUUUACUUAUAUCCCCCAGGAUCUGGCAAUCGAGACCGUCCAGCUACUCCUAAGAAACAAAUACGAUGCAACGGAGAAUCGUCUCGGACAUGCCCAAGUCCUUCAACUCCUAAAGUUCUGUCUCAGGACGUACUUCACGUUUGACGGAACAAUCUACGAGCAAGUGAAGGGAACACCAAUGGGCUCGCCGAUUUCGGGAUUCAUCGCCGAGGCGGUGCUACAGCGGUUGGAGUCGCUGGUCUUCCAACACCACAGACCGAAAUUCUGGGCUCGGUAUGUGGACGAUACCUUCGUAGUCAUCGAACGGGAUCAGGUGCUAACGUUCAAAGAACGUCUCAACAGCGUCUUCCCGGACAUACAAUUCACGAUGGAGGAGGAAGAGAAUAACCAGCUGGCAUUCCUUGAUGUCCUCGUCUGUCGCAAAGAUUGUGGUGGCCUAAAGACCAAAGUGUUCAGAAAAGCAACGAACACGACGCAAAUUCUGAAUUUCAACAGUAACCACCCAAUCAGCCACAAACGCAGUUGCGUAAGAACGCUAUUUCGGCGUGUUGAGACGCACUGCAGUGAACCGGAAGACAAGGUUGCCGAAUCCCAAUAUCUUCGACGGGUUUUCCGAGAAAACGGUUACCCGCGCAACUUCGUCAACCAGUGCCUGCGCAAACGAGACGAGCGACAAAAUCGCGCCGACCCCAAAUUCUGGCGAGCGAUCCCGUACCUCAAGAACGUCUCCGAGGCCGUUAGCCGCCUUCUUGCACCACUUGGCGUUGGAGUUGCGCACAGACCGGAGGCCACCAUGAGGCGUCAAGUGAUGAGACCAAAAGACCCACUGCCACGGCAAGAAACAUCUGGAGUCGUUUACCGGAUCUGGUGCAGUUGCGGACAAAGCAACUACGUCGAAGAAACUGGAAGACUACUCCGGACGCGAAUCGCCGAACACGUGGCAGCUGUACAGAGAAAUAUCGCCAACUCUCAGGUCGCGGCCCAUUCGACGAAACCCGGCCACACAUUCAAGUUCGAUGAGGCCGAAAUUCUCGCGUGAGGGGAUAAUCGCGUGAGCCGCGAGUUGCUUGAGUCAUGGUUCACGGGACCUCAGUCUAUCAACAAGUGCAACGACAUCCCCACUCCAUAUUCUGUCCUGAGGCAUAGACUGGCCAAAGCAAUUGACCACUCGAGGAGUGCGCAAGCACGUGAGCCAGAUGGCCGAGCAAUCAUCACGCCAGCAUCCAACACGGGUGAUGGGAUGUCAGCAGUUAACAACUUGCAUGCCGGCCAUCAAGCAAUUAGCGCACCAGCGGGCAACAAUCCUUGAUGAAGGGAGCACAGUUAAUUGCUGUAGGUAUGCGGUAGCAUGGCGGCCGCAUCCUACAAAUACUGCGACUUCCUGUACACUAACCACCCUUUUCUGCAACUGUCUCUGAUGAUGGAUUCAAGAGAGAAUCCGAAACGUCAGGCGAAUAAAGCCAUUGUUCCAGCGAUCGCUUCUUCUUCUUCUUCUUCUGAUCGGACAGUUAUCUCUUCCGCACGAGUCAUAAAAGGAGUCCGUAGAUUGGCGUCACAAAACUUGUUUUGACUGUCUUGGUUUCCCAGAUGCUUUAAAUGCAGAAAAUCAGUUUUUACGUUCUUUUCAUUUGCACUUUUUAAGAACGUGAAUCGUGGGAUGCUCCCUAUAGGUCGCAUUCAAGAGCUCGUAGAGAAAUUAAAAUCCAAUGGUGGGGGGGAGUUGCUAAUUUCUUGACUUUUACUAGUUCUAUAAACUGUUGCCCUCCUGUGUGUAAAGAUGGUUAAACGCUCAAGCGAUCCCAAAUUAUUGGCUAUCGAAACUUCACUACGGAUAAUUACCAAGAGCAUUUCAUUUGGUAAGAAGAUUCAAACGCAGUUUUCUCCCUCCAAACGGCAACUGACCUGUAUUUCUUUCAUUAUCAGUUCAGUCCGUGCCCACUUUAUUAGCCUUCAUUUUCGCCUGAGAAAAUUUACAACACAUUGAGCACAACCCAGGUUUCAAAUAGAUUCGUUAUCUGUAAUUCCCUGGCUCUUCAUCAGAAAUUGCCGAUCACCUUUGCACCCUUUUCUUAACGACGGAAUUUCUGCGUAAAGAGUUAUGAUUGGUCAGCACUAGAGAACUUAGCAUUCCAGUUGCGCUAUACCUUCUGUCUCAGUAUAUCAGCCUGUCCACUUUUUGUCCCUCUCCUUACAGGCUAACGAUGCUUUCCUGGAACUUGCCAUUGGAAAUGCUCCCUGGCCUCUGGGUGUCACAAGUCACGGUAUCCACUCACGCACAGCCCAGGAGAAAAUCCACGCCAAGAACGUGGCUCACGUGCUCAAUGAUGAGACACAACGCAAAUUCAUCCAGGCUAUCAAACGACUGAUGACCAAGGCCCAGAUCUACUUUCCUGCGGAUCCCUCAAGAUGUGUCAAUUACAUGGGCUCUUCGUGA